AUGGCGGGGUCCUUCUGGGUCUACGGCGGGGUCCUUCUGGGUCUACGGCGGGGUUACUUCUGGGUCUACGGCGGGGUACUUCUGGGUCUACGGCGGGGUUACUUCUGGGUCUACGGCGGGGGACUUCUGGGUCUACGGCGGGGGGACUUUUGGGUCUACGGCGGGGGACUUCUGGGUCUACGGCGGGGUACUUCUGGGUCUACGGCGGGGGACUUCUGGGUCUAUGGCGGGGUCCUUCUGGGUCUACGGCGGGGUACUUCUGAGUCUACGGCGGGGGGACUUUUGGGUCUACGGCGGGGGACUUCUGGGUCUACGGCGGGGUACUUCUGGGUCUACGGCGGGGGGACUUUUGGGUCUACGGCGGGGGGACUUCUGGGUCUACGGCGGGGGGACUUCUGGGUCUACGGCGGGGUCCUUCUGGGUCUACGGCGGGGGGACUUCUGGGUCUACGGCGGGGGACUUCUGGGUCUACGGCGGGGGACUUCUGGGUCUACGGCGGGGGACUUCUGGGUCUACGGCGGGGGACUUCUACGUCCAAAUCAAGGCCUGCAGAACAGGUCUUGA